ACCCCCCCCCCCCCUCGGUGGGAUGAUGGUGGUGGGGGGGGGGCGGCAGCGGCGACGUAACGGACGGUGGCCGUGGGAGUUCAUUUUUUGUAUUCCCGUGGCGUUGCCGCCAAUAAACAACGUUGACGUUAAUCGGGCCUUUAAUCUUUAUACGCUCGCACUCGAUUAAUUAGUUUAUCGGAGUUCAUAGAUUUUGGAGAUUGUUGUCGCUUGCCGAUCGAAGGCGCGCCACCGACGGCGUCGCGGAGCUGACGAGGAAUGCCUCGUAGGAAGGUGGAACGCUGCGUCUUGACGCUGAGCCACGUCAGCAGCUCGGAGGGGGACGAGGAGGACGAAGAGGAGGAGGACGAGGAGGAAGAGGAGGACGAAGCGGAGGAUGAGGAGGAGGACGAGGAAGACGACGAGGUGGAGAUGGAGGUGCAGGGCUCCGAGCCCACGGACUCGGCCGGGGAGGGGAGCGACGAUAGCAGCUCUGGCGGGCAAGGCCCACGUCGCUCGGGGAGGCUCGCACGCUCAACCCGCGGCUCCACGCGGGCCCUAGCCGCCGCCGCCGCCGCCGCUGCCGCCAGCGCCAACAACAGCGCCAACACAACCGGCAACGCCACCAGCGCCGCACCGGGAGAAGCGGGGCGGGAACCGGCGCCGUACCCCACGAGGAGCAGGGGGGGCCACGGCGUCCCCCUGCGCCGGCUCGCCAUUGCCGCCGGCACCGCGGGCCUCACCGACGGCGCUCGUGCGACGGGCGGCCUGCGGCGCGCGCGCUCCUCUGGCUCCGAGUCGGAGCACACGGCCACGGAGCACGCCGACCGCGACGAGUCUCCCCCGCGCACCCCCACGGGGAACGCCCCGUCCUCCGACUCGGAGCUGGACGUGUCGAGCGGCCCGGCGUCGCGCGCCGCCAGCGGAGACCGCGACGCCGACUCGGGCAGCGAGCGCGGCGGCGGCGGCGGCGACGCCGGGGCCGGCGCCGGCUCCGGCUCUGCCGCGGGCGGCGCGGGAAAGGCCGCCGGUUCCUCCUCGUCUUCCUCCUCCUCGGCCGCCGCCGCCGCCGCCAACGCCGCCCCCGCCGUCAAGACGACGCCGGCGCGACCGCCGCCCCGCAAGCGGGCGCGCCGGCAGGGCCACCAGCGGCAGAGCGCAGAGGACGGGAUGGCGGACGGGACCGCUAAGCCCGACGGCGGCGGCGGUGGCGGGGAUGCAGCCGUGGGCGCGACCCGCGUUCCCCGUGCCAGCUGUCCAACGCCGGGAUGCGACUCCCUUGGUCACCUCGCGGGGAAGUCCGAGCGGCAUUUCUCAACCGUUGCCUGCCCCCUCUACCACAACAUGACUGCCGAGGAGUGCAGGUUGCGAGCAGGGCGGUACGAGAAGGAGCUGGCGGAGCAGGAGCUGGCCGAUCAGCAGGACGAAAAUCGACACACGACCCGGCACGGAGGCCCAACGGAGAAACAGCUGCGCUAUCGAGAAAAAGUCACCGAGCUACGCAAGAAUCGGAACGCGGGGCCAACGGAGGAGCAGAAGCAGAAGUACAUUGAGCACCGGCAGACGCACGCCAUGAGCCGAGAGCCGCUCCUCGACGGGCUGACGUCGCCGUACGACCUGGAGCUGUUCCGGCGAGCGCAGACACGCGCCUGCCUGGACAUGGAGCAGAUGCACCUGCGCGGGGCCGCGUGCGACGGCGACGGCGCGCUGCCGGGGGCGGCCGUGGUGGGGGCGUGCCUCGAGGCCGGCAUCCGCACCAUCGUGUUUGGGCGCUACGAGCUCGACACGUGGUACCACUCGCCCUACCCCGAGGAGUACACGCGCCUGGGCAAGCUCUACGUCUGCGAGUUCUGCCUCAAGUACAUGAAGAGCCCCACCAUCCUGCGCAGGCACAUGGCCAAGUGCGUUUGGAAGCACCCGCCGGGGGAUGAGAUCUACCGGAACGGCACCGUGUCCGUCUUCGAAGUGGACGGCAAAAAGAACAAGACGUACUGCCAGAACCUGUGCCUCCUGGCCAAACUGUUCCUGGACCACAAGACGCUGUAUUACGACGUGGAGCCCUUCCUCUUCUACGUCAUGACGGAGGGAGACAAUGCCGGCUGCCACCUCGUCGGUUACUUUUCCAAGGAGAAGAACUCGUUCCUCAACUACAACGUGUCGUGCAUCCUAACCAUGCCGCAGUUCAUGAGGCAGGGCUACGGCAAGAUGCUCAUCGAAUUCAGCUACCUGCUGUCGAAGAUGGAGGACAAGAUCGGGUCCCCCGAGCGACCGCUCUCCGACCUGGGCCUCAUCAGCUACCGCAGCUACUGGAAGGGCGUGGUGCUGCGGUACCUGCACGGCUUCCACGGCAAGGAGAUCUCCAUCAAAGAGAUCAGCCAGGAGACGGCCAUCAACCCCGCGGACAUCGUGAGCACGCUGCAGUACCUGCAGAUGCUCAAGUACUGGAAGGGCAAGCACCUGGUACUCAAGCGACAGGACAUCAUCGACGACUGGCUCGACAAGGAAGCCCGCAAGCCGGCAAACGACAAGGCCAUCGACUCGUCCUGCCUCAAGUGGGCCCCUCUCAAGGGAUGAGCAAAGCGGUGGCGGCGGCGAGAGGUGGUGGGGAUGUAGAGCGAGGAGUCUUGCCAAGGGAGAGAGCAAUUUUCUGAGCGAGUGGAACGUUGAUUGGGCUGACGGGAGUGCGAGCGUGCGAGACAGGGAGAGAGAGAGAGAGAGUGUGUUGACGGGCCGAGCGAGGGGCAACGGCGAGAGUGGGAGGGCAGCGAUGGGAAGGGGUUUUUUUGCAGAGGGAAGGUUAAGAGGUGGGCGUGGGAGAUUGAGAGAGAGAGAGAGAGGAGAAGUGCCAGAGCUGGGCGUGUAACGCGAGAGCGCGUGACAGAUACAGGGUGACGAGUACGUGAAACGUCGUGGCAGAGUGACGGCGCUUGAGCGAGAGAGCAUGAGAAUCCGACCUCAUCCGUCCGUUCAUCCCGUCAGGCCCGCAGCCUCGUGGGCCCCUCGUCGUCCCCACCUCGCGUCACGUGAUCACGAUAGCUGCUUUUACGAUAGGACAUCCGUCCCGACAAUGUCGCGUUGUUUGCGUCGCGAGCGGGACGGCGUCGGAAACGGAGCGCGAUUGCGUUGACACUGUCCCGCUCGUGUUUUGUCAUUAAGGGAACGACGUUCACACGGACACCUAUUCUCCCCCCCCGCUUGGGCCUUGUCGACUACAGAGGAACGUGACCUCCUCCAUAGCCCACAGAGGGCACCCAUUAUUACGGCUGGCGCACAAGCGGGGCAGGUCCUGUCGCCGCCGCGCCUCGCCUGCCUUUGUCUCCCCGCUGCUGAUGUCCACAGAGGCUGCGUUGGUAGCAGGUUUUUAGAGGCUGGGUUGACCCCAGGAGAGGCGCUAGACAGGCUAAGGGGGUUCAGAUGACCUCUUUGCUACCCACACCGUUGCCCCCCCUGCGCUCUCGCGAAGGCACGGCUCCACAUCGGUUAGGCCGUGUGUCGAAACGUUUGGCUGAAGGUGACGACUUAACAGGCCACACGUUGGCAGCGUUAACUAACGCUCACCUAUCGGACGAUUUUAAAUGCGGCAAUGGCAGGUGAAUUUUUUCAUGGCGUUUGGGCGUACACGAGAGACAAAAUUGCUCUUGCGCUCGCUACAGCGUCUGCCACUCCACAGGCAGCGGUGAGGUGCCACAGCUCGGGUUACAUUCACCACUCGCUCGACUUGUGCGUGUGCGCCCGUUGUGGUUGCAGUAACGCGUGUGGUUGUAGUGGGGAGCUUUUUAGUGCGGCGGUUAGCGCUACGAUGCGCUAAGAACCCGGCAGAGACCCGGGUUUGAUUCCCGCUCACGACUAACACCAGUGAAGAUUAUCUGAACCGGU